AGCAUAGAAAACUAAGAACUGAGCAUUGCGUUUAUCUCAUGCGUUGCCUUUCCAAGACGAAAGAGAAGCCUCCAAGAAACACAAGACCUCUCUUAUCUCAACAGAAUCUGCCUUGUUCAUUUGCUUCAUGCAACCCUCAACAUUUGUCUAUAUAUGUAUGUAGAUAUACGUCUUGUAUAUAAAAAAUUCCUUCUUGAAAUCAUGUCAAUAAGUCAGCCUAUAACACGGACCGAUGGAACAUUUAGGACUUUUGGCCUCUAUUGGUGCUACAAUUGUCAUCGUACGGUCAGGAUUGCAUCCUCUAUCCCAUCUGAGGUCGCGUGCCCUCGAUGCUUGAGGCAAUUUGUCGUCGAGAUUGAGAUGAGACAUCCUCGGUUUACUUUCAAUCAUGCUGUUCCCCCUUUUGAUGCUUCUCCUGAGGCUCGUCUUCUCGAAGCUCUAUCACUCAUGUUUGAUCCUCCAAUGAUAGGUGGGUUUGGUCCAGACCCAUUUCUUAGAGCAAGAUCCAGAAAUAUAUUGGAACCUGAAACAAGACCCAGACCACACCAUCGACGACGCCACAGCCUUGACAAUGUUAACAAUGGCGGUUUACCUCCACCAAGAAGAACAUAUGUAGUUCUCCGACCCAUAAAUCCGACUAGUCCACUUGGAAGCAUAACCAAGCCACCAAAUCCUGUACCACCCCAGCGUUUGAACACACAUGAUUUCUUUUCUGGAGCAUCAGGCUUAGAGCAGCUGAUUGAACAGCUAACACAAGACGAUAGGCCUGGACCACCACCUGCGUCAGAACCAACCAUUGAUGCACUACCCACUGUGAAGGUAACACCACAUCAUCUAACCAACGACAUGUCCCAAUGCACAGUGUGCAUGGACGAAUUCAUUGUUGGUGGGGAGGCUACAGAGUUACCGUGUAAACACAUAUACCAUAAAGAUUGUAUAAUCCCGUGGCUCAGGCUUCACAAUUCUUGCCCUAUCUGCCGUCGUGACCUCCCACCUGUCAACACCAUUGCUAAUUCUCGAGAAAGGAGCAAUUCUAUUAGACAAGACAUACCUGAAAGAAGACGCCCGAGGUGGAUGCAGCUUGGGAACAUUUGGCCCUUUAGAGCAAGAUACCAAAGGGUUAGUCCCGAAGAAAGACCACACCAUAACCCUCGAGGUAACAGGAGCUAAAUCUAAAUAUUUCAGGGGCACCCAUCUUUCUGACUAUGGAGCUUCUACGAUUCAAGAAAUAUAAAUCGUGCCUAUCUAUCUAUAUGUAUAGACGCUAUGAGAAACUGUCUAUUUGAAUAUGCUUUGUAUAUCUCAGAAAUAACCUCAAGCUACUAAAACUAACGAUUUCACAAAGAAGAGACUCUUCCUACCUAAGCUUUGUUGCAUAAGCUCUGUAAAAUCAACCAGAUUUGGAGUAAAGGAGCUUAAUUAUACUGUAA